UUAUCCAGAUUGAAUUAUUUGACUGCAACACUUGGCUAUGAAACGUGGGACUUUUAGGACGAGUUUACUAACGUGACGUAUAGAGCUAAUUCCCUUUAAGCCAUCGUGGGAAGUGAGGUGGUGAGCAAGGUAGAGACGGCUGUUGAGACUGUGACCAAGGAAGAUGUGCUUGGAAUUCUGAGAAGCAGGAAAAAUAUGGACGGUGCCAAAAUGGUAGAAUUAUAAGAUCGGCAAAAGGAUAAAGCUGAGUCAACCAAUCAGCCUAAACCAUACAGAGCUGCAAUGGAAGGGAAUUGGAAAGACGAAAAGGAUAAAGCUGAGUCAACCAAUCAGCCUAAACUAUACAGAACUGCAAUGGAAGGGAAUUGGAAAGACGCUAAAGCCAUCUUUGAUAAUGACACAAAGGGCCAAGACAAGCAAAUUCUCCAACCCUGGCAUGACUGCCCUUCAUGUGGCGGCGAGCUGUGGCCAGUCAGAGUUUGUGGUGGAAAUGGUCAAGAAACUAAAUAAGAAGCAGCUUGAAGACAGAGACACACAUGGCUGCACUGCUGUUCAUCACGUGGCCUUAGCUGCAAAUGUAGGGGCUGCCAAAGCAAUGGUGGAGAAGAACUCAGAUUUGCCUCACCUUGGGGAAACCUAUAACCCAUUUGCUGCUAAAUGGCGACAUCCCUCAGACGACAAGAAAAUGGUGGAUUAUCUCCCCCAAGUUACCGAGGACAAAGAACCUUGUCAUCCCUUCACGGGUUAUUCAUCUGCUGAUCUCAUUGUGGCAAUCAUUUCUUCGGGGUCCUAUGGAAAAUUGGCAGCUGAUGUUGGACUGGGGAUUUACAUCCAGAUUGCUUGUGUGGUUGAGUUAAUGUACACAAAAUUUCUCAACCCAAAAAAUUUUUCUACGCGUGAGAUAAACAAGUCAAAGUUGGUCCUUUCCAAAUAA